AUGAGCUCAUCAUACGCUCUCGUUCUCAAAGAAAAAAACAGGAAGCGAAGUCUAUCACAUCUCAUUACCUAGUAACAGGGAGAGAUUGUCGAAGUGAUUGGAGGCUUGAGAUGGCCGGUGAUCAAUCGGGCGAACUUCUAAGAUUAAAUAUGGAAGUAAGGGAUGCGUUAGGUGCAGCUGUUCUUAAAUAUCUUGAGGGAUCAUAUAAUUAUGUGGAUUGGAGUAUUCAAGUACAAACCUAUUUGGUGGCUAAAGAUCUUUGGGACACAAUUGAAGCAACUGCCAAACCUCCUAAGGAAGAAGAUGAUGAAGCUGCUUUCAAUGCUUGGAACGACAAGAAUUCCAUGGCUUUACGUGUGAUCAAGAAUUCAUGCCAGCAGAACACAUUUUUUGAGAUUAGUGAGAUCAGUUUCGCUAAAGAUGCAUGGAAUACUUUAGCAAAAAAAUACCUCCCUAAAGUUGUUCUACAAGUUAUUGACACAGAUAAUUAUGUGGAGUGGAGUGUUCAAGUAAAAGACCAUUUGAUGGCCCAUGAUCUUUGGGACAUAGUUGAAGAAACCACCAACCCUCUUUACCAAGAAGAUGAUUACACCACUGUCCAUGCUUGGAGGAAUUCUAUGGCUUUACAUGUGAUCCAGAAUUCAUGCGAUCUGGACACAUUAUUUGAGAUUAGGGAUAUUAGCUCUGCAAAAGUUGCAUGGAAUACUUUGGAAAAAAAGUACCUCCCUAAAAAUACUAACUCAGAUGUUAUUCAGGUUCUUGAGGAAUAUAAUUAUGUGGAUUGGAGUGUUCAAGUAAAAGACUAUUUGACGGCCCAUGAUCUUUGGGACAUAGUUGAAGAAAACAACAAACCUCCUAGGCAAAAAGUCGAUGAAGUUGCUUGUAAGGCUUGGAGCAAGAAGAAUGGCACGGCCUUACAUGUUAUCCAGAUUUCAUGUGGAAUAGACGCAUUUUCUAGAAUUAAAAAGAUUAGCACUGCAAAAAUUGCUUGGAAUAUUUUGGCAGAAUGGAACCGAACUAAUGUUGACCGUGAGGCAUUCCUAAAGGUUGCGCAAAACUGGAAGCAUAUUAAUAUUGACCAUGAGGCCUUCAAAAAGGACUUCAAAAAGGUUGUGGAAAGUGGUGUUUGGAACGAUGUAGAGGAUUUCCUUAUGCGUCAUCCCGAUUCUGCGGGUUUGAAAAUCACAAAAAAUGGCAAGACGGCUCUUCAUGUUGUUGUUGAUGCUGGGCAUGAGUCUAUAGUGGAGAAGUUAGUGGUGAAAAUGUCGGAACAAGAAUUGGCUGUAAAAGAUGAAUAUGGGGACACAGCUUUAUUUAAGACAAUUUAUAAGAAAAACUACCGAAUGGCAGAGUGCAUGCUUAGAAAGAACGUGAGCUUGGUCAGCAUUAAAAAUUCUUCAGAUGUACUUCCAGUUGUUAAGGCUCUUUAUUGGAGUAAAAAAUUGGCUCGCUAUCUCUAUUCUCGCACUCCAAAGGAAGAUCUAAACCCAGAAAAAGGCACAGACGGUGCUAGACUUUGUCGAGAGGCUAUAUACAACCAAACUUUAGAUAUUGCUUUGGAUUUAAUUGAGCAUUUUCCAAGUUUGGCUCAUGCUACGGAUGAAAACGAUUGCAGCCCUUUGUAUGCAUUGAUUACUAGGCCUUUUGCAUUCCCGAGUGAAAAUCGGCUGGUGUUUUGGAAACGAUGGAUAUAGAAGUGUUAGUACAAUCUCUUUUUUCUUUGCUUUUCAUUAAACUUAAUUUAUUGGGAUUAAUUAGCCUCAUCAAAGCACUGAGUAGACGAGAUACUCUGCCUUGAGAGGCAGUAUAUAUAUAGACAAUAGGGCAAAGCCAAAUUUAAGAGGUCUAUUAGUUAUUUAUUUAAUCUUUUGUGUUGCUCUAAAGAAAUUAAAUUGUUCAUGCAAGA